AUGUUUGGGACGUUGCUGUACUUCAUUAAAAUAUCCCUUGGGAGCUAUCGACGAAAGGAAAUUCUUGAAUUGUUCAAGAAAAUUUGUGAAUUGUUCAACAUUGAGGAAACUGAUGAAGAUUUGCAGAAAAUUCUUGUGGAACGUCUGAAGAAUUCUCUAAAACUUUGGAAAGUUUGCACAAAAUGGGGACUACGUACUGGCGUACUAAGUAUAUCAAUUUUUGGACUCUCAAUGCGAUUUAAUGAAAAAAUUGGUCUUAUCAUUGAUAUUCCUCGCACGAAUAUUACUUCACCACUCUUGAUAGAGGGCCUAAGAUCAAUUCCAACUCUUCAUGCCAUGCUAACGGGGCACUAUUUUAUGACAAUUGAACUCGCCAUACUUUGUCUGGGUAUACCAAUUGCAACGGAAAUUGACAUUCUUGAAGAUUACAUUAGGAUUUCCAAUGAUAAAAUUAAAACAACUCCAAAUUUCUUCAAGAAAAUCAUCAAGAUGCAUUGCAAUGUCCUCGGAGAUGUUAACCUGCUCAAUGAGACUUUUUCCGAGAUGACUUUCAUUCAAUUUUUUUCAAGUAUCGUAUUUUUUCUUAUUGUCUUUCUCUUUCUACGAAAGGGUACGGAAAAUAUUGAUGGUUACUUGCUGUGCCUUUGUGCCCUAAUGCAAUUACUCCCAUUGUGCCUUCUUGGGGAAUUUAUUCGUUAUAAAACGGACAAACUAUCUGAUACACUCUACCUGACUAAUUGGUACGAGCUGAGUCUGAAGGAUCAAAAAGUCUUUUUGAUUAUCCUUGGAAUGGCUCAACGAGAGUACGGGCUGAAGGCGGCAGGGAUGUACGAAGUGAAUCUAAGUACAUUCAUUCAGAUUAUUAAACUUGCCUUCUCCUACUGCGCCAUUCUCUACACUUUCAGCAAUUAACUCUUCAAACCGGC